CAAUUCCCAAACACCCCUAAAGCAGCCGUCCUCUUGUCUAUCUCCCCUGUUCGCUCCGUAUUCUAAACCUAAAAAACAGCCAGCAGCAGGUAAGGUUCAAUUAGCCACCAUUUCUUCUCUAUUAACAUUUAAGGUUCAAUCAGCAGCUGUUGUUUUGCAGAUAUAUAUUUACAAAGGGCUUGGUUUAUGUAACUUGUUAUACCGAAAGCUAUCUUCUAAGCCACCUGCUCCUUUUCAUGCCAAGAUGUUUGAAAUAACCAAUCUAUCAGACAGUGAAGAUGAGGUCAAACCAGAGCUUAGAAGCCUUACAAAAGUAGAGACCAUAGAUUGCAAUGGUUUUGCGUGUGAAGACAUGUUCUUGAGUCAUGUUAAUAGGAACGAUGGUGCGAGUUCAUCUGGAAGUAAUGUAAGAUCAUCCCUCCUAGGAAUGGGAUUUACGCCGGAUCUUGUUGACAAAGCAAUCAGACAAAAUGGCGAAGACAAUAUGGAUUUGUUAUUGGAGACUCUAUUUGCAUAUUCUACGCUUCAAACAUCAAAGGUCAGAUCACUGCAGCCUGCUAAUGGGUCUUUCUUGGACAAAGACUUGGCGCAAAGUAGUGGAAAAAGGAAGGCUGUUCUUAUAUCAAAUUCAGAAUCAUCUGAUUCUCUGAAUGACUUAUUCGAAGAUGAGAAGGAUGUAAGCAGCCGGGGCAUUGGCUCUACAGAUAUUCCUUUAAAAGAGGACCCUGAUGACAAAAAGGCGUCCUUACUAAUGAUGAACUUUACUAUGGAGGAAGUUGAGUUCGCAAUAAACAAACUUGGGGAAGAUGCCCCUUUACACGAACUCGUAGAUUUCAUAUUUGCUGCUCAGAUGGCUACCACAGAUGAUUCAAACAAGAGCCAUGCAACAAGGAAUGAGCAGGAUGCCAACACUGAGACCUUGUUUGGGACCAUGGACAAGACUCUUAGGUUGCUUGAAAUAGGCUUCUCGGAACAAGAAAUUUCUGCAGCCAUUGAGAGAUAUGGUUCGGAAGUUUCCAUAUCAGAGCUUGCUGAGUCGAUUGUUUGUGAUAGGAUGGCUGGCCCUGGUGUUAAAACCGAAGAGGAUUCAUGGAUGGCUGGAAAUAAUAAAUUCAAGUCUACAGCUAUGGGGCCGGAAAAAGUGUUAGAUGCCAGUUUUUAUAGUAAAUUAGCAUUACGAACUGAAGAAAGUAUUCAGGCUGCAGCUUCUCAGAGGAAGGCCUUGGACGUUUUUAAAGGGAAACAACCAAAAGAAGAUGAAACGGCUGAUGAACCGGUUAGUUUACAAAGACCAAAACCAGAGUUUGAUGAUUUGAGCAGCUAUCCUGGACCAGCACACACUGUACCAAAACCCCCGGUUAGCUCCAAGGUUUUACAGAGACAACAGAAGUAUAGGGCUAAGCGUAUGGCGGCAAUGGCAGUGCCGAAACUCAUCCAGCCUACUUCAUGUAGCAGUGUGGACCAAAUGGUAGCCAAAGCUCCGUUGUUCUUUUACGGGAAUGUUAUGAACUUAUCUGAUGAUUCAUGGAUCAAAAUCUCUAAGUUUUUGUAUGCAAUUGAGCCUGAGUUCGUCAACACCGAGCUUUUCUCAGCAUUGAGUAGGAAAGAAGGGUAUCUACAUAAUCUGCCAACCGAAAACCGGUUUCACAUCCUGCCAAAAGCACCUUUGACGAUAGAAGACGCGAUACCACUGAAGAAGAAGUACUGGCCUUCAUGGGAUACAAGAAAGCAGUUGACUUGUAUUAGUUCUGAAACUCUUGGAAUUUCCCAACUCUGUGACAGGCUGAGAAAUCUAUUGAUUAACUCAAACGGGCAACUGUCUGUUGAACAGCAAAAUAAUCUUCUUCAGCAAUGCAGGACCUUGAAUCUUAUGUGGGUGGGCCGCAACCGAUUAGCACCACUUGGACCUGAGUCGGUGGAAAGGAUUCUUGGGUACCCACUGCAUCACACAGAGGCGGAUGGGAUGAGCGCGGGAGAAAGGCUGCAAUCUCUGAAACACUCUUUUCAAACGGACACUUUAGGGUACCACUUAUCUGUUUUAAAGUCUAUGUAUCCUGAAGGAAUAUCUGUGCUUUCAAUCUACAGUGGAGUUGGAGGGGCGGAAAUCACUUUGAACCGCCUUGGGAUUCGGUUAAAGGUGGUGGUUUCAAUUGAGCCGUCGGAAGUCAAGCGUGGGAUCUUGAAGCGGUGGUGGGAUAAGUCAGACCAGACAGGGGAGUUGGUUCAGAUUGCAACCAUUCAAAAGUUAUCGAGUAGUAAGCUUGAGAGUCUGAUGAACAAGUUGGGUGUUUUUGAUUUCAUCAUAUGUCAAAAUCCAUAUAACCACUCUCCUAGAAGCGUUUCUAUGGCUGCUGCAGAAAUGGAAAGCUUUGCAGGUUUGGACUUCUCGAUGUUCAUUGAGUUUGUUCGUGUUCUGCGAACAGUUCGGGGUGCCAUAAAGACCAGGUGACCGAGUAUUUAUCUAACAUAAAUUAUUGGUGUAGUUUGGUACAACUUAAAACUUGUAUGCUUCGGCAAUAAUUAACUAGUAUGUAUUUUGGCUAUUUACAAAUCCUGUCUUUUUCACUGGUUGAUGGAAAAUUAAGUAGUGAAAGCUUAACAGUAAAA